AUGGCUGAAAGGUUGAAAGAACUCAUUGACUAUGGGGUAUCAUUAGGUUAUAAGGAAGAUGAUUUGAGAGAAUUUGUAAGAACCCAACAGGACAUCGAAAGAGAAGAAAGACGAGCAGAAAGAGAAAGACAGAAAGAGGAAUUAGAGUAUCAACGAAUGAAAAAGAAGUAUGACAAAGAAUUGAAACUUCAACAAAUCUCCCACCAAUUUGAAAUGGAAGUACUCCAGGAGAAAGGGAAACUAAAGAUUAGUGAUCCAAGUGAUGAGGUUAGUGUAAAAAUGAAAGGACCAAAGAUUCCAGCAUUUGCAGAUGGAAAAGAUGACAUGGAUAGUUAUCUUAGGAGAUUCGAGAGAUACGCAGAAACACAGAAAUGGUCUAAGUUAACAUGGGCUACAAAUCUCAGCGCACUUCUUAAAGGUAAGGCAUUAGAUGUGUAUGCUCUAUUACCUUCAGAGGAAGCUCUUGACUACGAUAAGUUAAAAUUAGCUUUACUUAAGCGCUAUGACCUUACUGACGAUGGAUUUAAGCGACAAUUUAGAUCUUCCAGGCCAGAAGAAGGUGAGACUUUCAUUCAGUUUUCUGUGAGACUUAUUAAUUAUCUGCAAAGAUGGUUGAGAAUGGCAAACAUUGCUGAAACUUUUGAAGCUUUGUUUGAUUUGGUUCUAAGAGAUCAGUUUUUGCAUGUUUGUAAUAGGGAUUUAACUCUUUUCCUAAAAGAGCGAAUACCAAAAUCCAUUCAAGACAUGGCUUGUUUAGCAGAUCAAUACCGGGAAGCAAGGUUGGCUAAUGCUGUAACAUUCACUAGCGACAAAAGCAUUGAUUACCGACCACAAAAGAAGGAUCGACACGAUCAUGACAGUCACAGAAGUAGUAAAGGUGAGAGAAAAUAUCAAGCUAAGCCAGCAUUUAUUCCAAAAUCAGAAAGACGAUGCUAUGUAUGUCAUAAUAUAGGCCAUAUAGCUUCAGAAUGCAGAAACAAGCCAAAGGUUAGUUCAGUUACUCAUAAGCAAUCGGAGAAUUCUAUAAAUGAGGAAACUGCAAAAGAUGAAACCGUGGCCAAGGUACAUGUAAGUUUUGUUUCUUCUUUACCAACAAGCAAUGUAACAAACUCUGACGCAGGUGACUUUUCAACUAAGGUCUCUUCAUCUUGCUAUCAGAAGCAAAAUAACUUACCUAUUUCAGCUGGAUAUGCCGAAGGUAUGCCCGUAACAGUUUUGAGAGACACGGGAUGUACAGGUAUAGUUGUGAGAAAAAGCAAAGUUGGUGAGGAUAAUUUCAUAAGAAACAAGUUUCAAACCUGCAUUCUAGCAGAUGGAUCUUCAGUCAAGGUACCUGUAGCUACUAUUUCUAUCGAUAUGCCAUAUAUUACAGGAACUUUUGACGCUUGGUGCAUGGAUAACCCUAUUUAUGAUCUCAUCAUCGGCAACAUCGAUAAGGUAAGAUCGCCUGAUGAUCCAGAUCCGCUGUGGACUGAAGUACAUGCAGUAGAGACUCGACAACAAGUCAAGAAAAAGCAGAAACCAUAUCCUCAACUUCAAGUCCCAGAGAUUGUGAAGGACAAUAUAAGACCAGAUGAUAUUAAGAUCGCACAGGAGAAAGACGAAACCCUUGGAAAGAUUCGACAAUGGGUAGCAGCAGACCAGGAGGUACUGAAACGGAGAGGUAAAAUACGCUGGUUUCUGAAAAACGGAUUAAUCUACAGUAAGUAUCAAUCAACAGAUGAAAACGGUAAGUUUUUUAUUCAACUUGUGGUACCACAGAAAUUUAAAGAGGUUGUAAUGAAAUUUGCGCACGAAUCCAUUAUGUCAGGACAUUUAGCAACUUGUCGCACAACUUCUAGGAUUCUUACAGAAUUUUAUUGGCCCGGAAUACAGUCUGAUGUUAAGCGUUUCUGUCACCCGUGCGAUAUUUGUCAGAGAACAGUGCACAAAGGCCGAGUUACCAGACAUCCUUUGCAGAAGAUGACUCUCAUAGACGAAGUGUUCAAAAGAGUCGCAGUAGAUAUUGUUGGACCAAUCCAUCCGGUCACAGAUAAAGGAAACAGGUAUAUACUCACUUUAAUUGAUUUCGCAUCUAGGUAUCCAGAAGCCAUUCCUCUGGCAUCAAUAGAAACUGAGAGAGUUGCGGAGGGACUCUUGGAGAUCUUUUCAAGGAUGGGUAUACCUGACGAAAUCUUAAGUGACAUGGGUAGUCAGUUCAAAUCAGCACUCAUGAGAGAGGUAAGUCGUUUGCUUUCAGUCAGGCAGAUAAUCACAACACCUUAUCAUCCUAUGACGAACGGAAUGGUCGAAAGAUUUAAUGAUACUCUCUAA